CAGAUGACGCCAGGGGCGUUCCGGUAAAACCGCACGCUAGCUAGAUGCCCUUGCUUUCGCUCGAUCGAUCGGAGGAUGUAUAAACACCCAUAUAUAGUAAUCCUAUACGCAGCGUAACGCAUAACACCUAACUAAGCUAGGCUACUAAGCCAAAGCACAACAAGGGAGCAGGAGAGGGAGAUAUACCUCGCUGCUUGGUCUCGAUCUUCCAUGGAUGAGCAAGGGGAGAGGGGGCUCCAGCUGCUGCUCCCCGCAGCCGCUGCUCGGGUGCUCCGGGAAGCGCCGGCCAGCGCCGCCACCGACCACCAGCAGCUGGACCUGGACCUGUCCAUGAGCAUUGGGCCGAGGCAGCAGCAGCUGCAGCUGCAGCUGCCACGGCCGGCGCCGCCGACUCCACCGGCGAACGAGAGCAGGAGAGCAGCGGCGACUGUGGCCGCCAGCGCUGCGACGGCGAGGCACGUGCAGCAGCAGCAGCAGCAGGUGACGGUGGACGUCCGCGCCGUGAAGCAGCAGACGGCGGAGCAGGCCCGGAUGGCAUCGGCGGAGCGCGCCUACGCGGAGCGCGUCCGGGAGCUGGCGAAGCGGGAGCUGGAGCUCGCCGAGAGAGAGUUCGCGCGCGCCAGGAUGAUCUGGGAGCGCGCCCGCGAGGAGGUGGAGCGGGUGGAGCGGAUGAAGCAGAUCGCCGCCAGGCGGCUCGGCUCCGCCGCGCUCGAGAUCACCUGCCACGCCUGCAUGCAGCGCUUCCAUCCUUAAUUAGGUCGGCCGGCCAACUGCACCGACGACAUGGUCGAUCGGAGAUCGAUGCUUCCUGCUCGCCAUUGCUAGCUGUAACUCUCUCUAUCUCUCGUAGCUCCUGUCUUGUGAGUGCCAGUCACGUUGCCCCUGUUUGAGACGAUAAUCAUCUGGUUGAUGCAUGCAUCAAGGAAGCGGUUAUUCCUCUUUACUCUAUACAUCGGGUGUACAUGCUUAA